AAAGCCGAGGACUCGGCCCAGCCUCUCCUUAUAUGGCCGAGGACUGACGGCAGCAGUGUGGAGGCUGGUCUGAGGGAAGGGAAGCCCACCUUACAUUGUUACUAUCCCCUGCCUGGAAUGUGAUGUUUGAGCCCUGCACUGCAGGGAAGGGAAGAGAAGGGGGAGAGAGGAUCUGAGCAAAGGAAAUCGCUUCUCUAAGGGACUUUACACUUUCUGCAUGGCGAGAUAGAGGUUCAGAGAACUGAUGUAUACUGGCCACGCUCUUAACCGGAAUGUGGAACGCUUGACUGGUUAAGAUGGUCACUGGAUGUCCUACAGAGUGUGCUCAUCAAGAAGAAAAAGGAUAAUUUUGGAACUAGUGGAACCUCAACUAAUUUGUUGAACUUCUUAAAGACUCUUUCAAGAGUCUCAAUUCUUGUUGAGGAAAUAAAAUGGAGCAUUCAAGUCGUCAUCUACGUUUUAAACUGCAAAGUCUUAGUCGACGUUUGGAUGAUUUGGAAGAAGCAACGAGAAAUUUACAAAAAGCUGAGGAUGAAGUUCUCGACCUCCAGGAUAAAAUUAUACAGGCAGAGGGGAGUAAUUCUAGCAUGUUAGCAGAUGUGGAAGCUUUGAGAAAAAGAGUGCUAAAGAUUGAGGGAAAAGAUGAAGAAGUGAAGAAAGCAGAAGAUUUAUGUAGACUGAUAAAAGAAAAGUUGGAAAAUGAGGAAAAUAUUACUCGAGAACUCAAACUGGAAAUUGAGCAGCUCCAAAAAAGAAUGGGUGAGCUUGAGAAGCUAGAGGAGGCUUUCAACAAGAGCAAAAGUGAUUGUACUCAACUAAGCCUAAGUUUGAAUGAAGAAAAAAAUAUGUCUAAGAAGUUAUCUUCUGAACUGGAAGUACUUAAAACCAGAGUUAAAGAACUGGAAUCUUCUGAAAGCAAAUUGGACAAAGCUGAACAGUUUUUAACAAGUGAGCUGGAGAAAAUUAAAUCUUUGAGCCUUAGUUUUGCUAAUGAAAAGAAGCUAUUUUUAGAAAGAGAAAAGCAAAAUGAAAAAUUAAUUUUGGAACUUAAAGAACAAUUGGAAUUGAAAGGGAAAAUUACAGGGGAGCAAAGUAGAAAUGAAUCCAAUGCCUUGGAGAGAUCUCCUGAUCAACAUGUAGACCAUAACAAAUUAAGAAUUAAAAACAGCCUAACUUCUAAAUCAUUGCAAAGAGUUGGACUUGAUUACAUUAUGCAGUCUGAAAUUCAGACAAGCAGCAACAACGAAAAUGAGAAAAACAAGUACCAAGAAGACAAUAAAAUAAAAGAACUUAACCAAGAAAUUGAGAAACUUAAAAAUCAGCUCAAACACUAUGAGGGACUUGAGCAAGAAUUAAAACAGCUUAAAGAAAAACACUGUGAGCUACAAGAGACCUAUAUUAGUGAACAGAAUAAAAACAAAUUGGUUAAUAAAGAAUUACAGACUUCACAAAGGCAAAUUGGUCAGUAUAAAGAGAUUGAAAAUGGGACUCUUGAAAGUGAAGCCCUAAUCCCACGAAGUAGAAUUAAAGACGAAAGAACAAGAGGUAAAGUUGCAUCUACUGAUUCUCCCAUUUCAAAAUAUACUUCUCAAGAUUCAUCACCUCAACAGAUGAGGAAUGAAAGGGUUCGACAAUCAGAUAUUAAGAGGCAACUUUCAAACUCUAGUUCAAACAGUAGAAAAUCAAGGUCCACUCUUAUUGAUACAACUGGAAAUCUGAAGAAAGAGGACAAAUUAGUGCCAUCUAAUUUUUCAACUGGUAAGGAUUUUAGCAUAGUGCAUAAUGACACAAAAAAAUCUAAAGAUCAGCCAUCAGUUUUAAGUCGAUAUCCACCAGCUGUUCAAGAACAAGCCCCACAAAAGUCCUGGAAAGGUUCUGCAUCAAAGCCGACAGACAGAUCUAUGAGGUUUUUUGGUGAGGAUUAUUCUGUUAAAGCUUACCCAAAAAAGGAGAUUUCAUUGGAAAGUGAAGUUGAAAAGGUAACUACUUGUGAUACUUCAGAGAAUAGCAUGCUAACCUUAGCAGUGCACCCAGAAAUGCAUAACCUCAGGGCAGAACUUGAUAAUGCUCAAGAAAACCUUGAUAUGGUAGUUGAAUCAAACCUGCAGAUGAAUGCAAGAGAUGUGGAAAAAACAUCCUCCAAUGAUAGACAGUCCAAAUAUGGAGGUGUUUUAGAACGUGAGGAUAGUGUCAUAAAUGUUGUUGAACAAAACCCUAGAGCUAUUUCAAAUCAUGAGGAAAUCGAUCCACAAACAAGUCAGACCUCAAGUGCACACAGAUCUUACUAUAGUAGGGAUAAAACAAGAGCUAGAGCCUCAAAACCACAAAUUCCCGAAAAACCUCAUAUCUUAGAAAUGCCAGACCACAAAGAUCCUGAGAAAAGGACUAGGCUUUUAGGACUGCACACCAAAAGACAGUCAAGUUCUCAAGAAAAAAUGUUCAGUCUAGAUAAAUAUUCCUCUUUUGAGAAUCACAGUUCCUCCAGUGAAAAGGAGACUGGACGUUCUAGGAAAAUGUCUUCUGAUAGUCUAGAAAACACAGAAACAAAUUCUCACGCUGCAGUGCCACCAAGAUCAUGCAGUCCACGAGAGGCAUUACAGUCCACUGUGGUUAUUAAGCCCAUUAUAAUUGAAAGAGAUGUGAAAGAAAUUAUGAGUGACUAUAGAGCAAGGUCAGGCUCCGAUGUGAACAGAACAUCUAACAAAGUGAGUAGUAUAAAAAUUUACCCAUCUGAAACGUCUUCUCGUAAGAACACAGAUGAGAUCACAAAAGAAAGACAUACUUCCACAAGUAAUAUUAGAUUGUCUGCAAAUGAUCAGCCACUGCUUAAAAACAGCAUCAGUAUCCCACUUGAAAUCUCCUUAAACAAAGAUGAUCUGAUUUUAAAGGUGGCAGAUAAGGAUAUGGCAUUGAAUCACAGGGAAGUGAGUAAGAAUCUGGACCAAAGCUAUAAAAAAGAGAAAUUCAAGGAAAAAGAUGUAAGUAUAGACAACUUCACCUGGAAAAGUCAUGAAAUUGGAGGAGCAAACCAUUUUGAUAGUAAGCGUGUAACGAAUAAAAGCUCUUGGAGGAAAGGAGGUUUUGGUUCCACUGAGGAACUUGACAGACUUGGUAAUGAAAUAGAUGACAUGGAUUCCAAGACUAGACGAAAAUCAUGUUUUGAUGAACAAAAUCCUUCAAGAUCACGUGCUAGUGAGCUUUAUUCAAGAAAUAAAAGUUCAAGUAUAAACAGUCAUACUACUACCCCCGAAUUUAUCUCUAAAAGGAGCCAAAGUAGUUUAAGUGCAGCAGAAAUUUUAACAAGAAGAAACAGUCCAAAUGUAUCUGUAACUACAAGACAAGCUUCUUGGACUCGUUCUAAUUUUGAGGUUGAUGAUAAUUUCAAUUCCAGAAGAAAAUAUUCCAGUGAAAAGAUGUAUAGAUCAGACUCCACAGGAUGGAAGCAAAGUGCAAAUACAAACCAGAGGCAUCAAAGGAGCAUGGUGGAGGAACGGAUCCGGCAGUUAGAGCACUAAAUUGUCAGUGUAUAAUGGAAUAAUAAGGUCUGUGUUCUAGAAGAAAAUGGACUUUGUCAGAAAUUCUGAAGAUGACACUGUGUAUGCCUGUUGGGUUUCCCAUCAAUGUGCACUUCCUAGUACUAAGAAAGGACCUCAGCCAUCUUGUUUGCUUGUGCCCUCCCUCCUCUUUAUUUUUUUAGUUUUAUCAAUGAAAUUGGCAAGGGAAUGAAUGCAUGAUCUCAGGGUAAAAACAAGGGCACAUAUACUGCAGCUGUAUAUAAUACUAAGUAGUGAAAUUGCUUUUUUUGUGUGAUAUAUAAAUAUAUAUAUAAAGAGAGAGAUUUUUAUAUAUUGGAAAACUGGCUGCUUGCAUGGCUACUGCUUCUAAUUAUGUAGGUACUGAGAGUACAAUGUUAUAAAAUCCACUUUAACUUAUAAUAUGUGCAGGACAAGUAGGAAAUUGUGCGAGCAUAUUGUCUGUACAGUCUGGUUGUGUAAGUGAACGCUAAGCAUGUAACUUUUGUAUAAAUGACCAGUAAAUAGAUUGUUUCUUGCAGCGCAUUGUGUAUGUAUAUAGGAGCAUGUGAACACCCUUGUAUUUGUUCCACAUCCAGCGUUUUUGCAUUUGUCAAUAGAUGCGGUCCUAUUGUCGGCAAAGGUUUUUAAAAACGGAUUUUUUUUUGUUUUUAAACAUGGUUUUAUUUUUAUUAAAAUUCAAAAUUGUAUACAAGACUACUAAAUAAAAUGUAUUGUGUCUUAUGUACUAAUAUUUAAGAUUAUCGCAGUGGGAAAAGAAACCAAAGGAAUCAAAUGAUUUUGCAUCAUAUGCACUUAGAAAUUGUGACUUUAUAUUAAAAGUGGUAUAUAUAUAUAUAUUUUUUUUUACCUACUAGUCACCUGCACAUAUUCGGUAUUAGCAAGCAGUUUUGUGGCUGGUAAACAUUCAUAUAUUAAAGUCCCCAUGAUGUCACUAGUUCCAUACAUCCUCAUGAAUGUAGAUGUAUUUUUCAGACAUGUAGCUGAUGGAUGAGUCGUCUUGUACAAAGGCCAGCAAAGACUUGUCCCUUACACCAGCAGAUAGCGUUGAGUGUCAUUUACAUACUUUUUUUGCUAAGAAAUAUAUAUAUGCAGUAUUUAUUUGUACAUUAUCAAUUCUAUUAACUGUAUUAAAUAUAGAUUGGCAACUUCAUAUUUGAGUCCUAUCAAAAUUGCUUUCUAAAUCUUCAUUUUUAGCACUGGCUUAUAUUUAGCAAUGCAAUAUCGGACUGGUUGACUUGUUCUUACUACAGAUGCUAGAUGACUUCUUAAGGAGAACAAGUGACAGGAUGUCCCCAUGAAGGAGGACUUUUGGCUGGUAUACAUACAGUUUAUUUUCCUGUCGUGUUGCCACUAAUUCUCUUCUUUCGUUAUUCAUAACUGUAAUCAUAAUUUUAAAGUUAUAAUUACAGAAAUCCAAUUAAAAGGCAGCAGAGUAUAACACUGGCAGUGGCAAGCCUUCUUGCCCCAUCUCGGCUCUCAGCGCAGUGCCAUUGCUCCUUGAAUUGAGACAGUCUGGUUACUAGGGAUGCUUAGGCAUUGUCUGCUUAGCAACCAGUCUGUCUCAAAUGACCCAAAGCAAGAUUGAGGAUAAUCCCUUGUGUGUUCCCCUUGGAGACGUGAAAGAUGUAAAAUAUUCUGGAGCGGUGACCGAUUCCCUUUAUGUGACCAAGUCACUACCUGAUGACUUAAACUCUAUCCUGUGCCACCAAACGAUUGACUCUCGCAGAUGUUUAUGAAGCUUACAGUAUAUUGUUUGGCCGAUCUGUUUGUGAGUCCUUUAGACUUAACAUCAAAUGGUAUGGGGUGAACUACAUGGGGGUUUGUGACCAUGGAGUAGUAACUUAGCAUGCAUGAAUCGGUGUUGCUUGCAUUUUCUGCUAUGCCCAACAUUAAACAUAAUCUAUUUCGCAUAAGAACUGUGCAUUCAGAAUGUUGUAAUGUCUUAAUGUCAACCCUUUAUAUUGUACAGAAGUAUAAUUUAUCUCCAGCUGUAACCAGAACUGGGGGGGUUGGGGAAUCUUCCCUGAUCAUAUUUGAGGGGUUUGACCCCUUCAGCUGACCGUGUUACAUGCUGUACCGCUGCUUUAUAAUGUCAGGGCAGUAGUUUAUUUUUUGUGAGUCUGGAUAUGGAAGCUACAGUCUACUCUGUACAUAUAGAACAGUUGUAUCUCCACUAUAUUUUUAUAAGGACUAUAGAAACUAGCAGAUUUCUUUAAAAGAAAGAGGGAAGACACUGCAGCAGUGGAAGCUGCGAGAAACCUGUGAACGCAGUGGAAAAUCACAUUAAUGCUAACACUUUGCUUUUAAAUGGUUACAUUGUGCAUGAAUGUAAUUCGGACCAGGAAAAUGACUGCACAACAAUAGCAUCUGUGUCACAAACUGUUGCAGUACAUUAUUCUGCCACUAUGCGGAGUUCCUUAAAAUAAUGGUUGUCUGCUUAAACAGUCAUGCUACUGGUUGGCACACAGCAUUUGAGCAAUGUAACCACAUCAUUCCUGUUCUUGCACAUGAUCUCUGAUCCAUAAAAGUAUUAUGGACUAAGCGGCGUACUGCACACUUAAUCUGUGGUUCGCCGCUAACCGUUACCGAAGGAGACCUAAAAGUUGCCUUCUUGGAUGCACAAUAUGUCUGGUUAUGCUUCACAUCAAACUAUUGCCAACGGGUUUGUAUCUAAGCAUCGACUAGGAAACUUAUCUCCAUGGAAAAAAAAUA